AUGGAGAUGCUUACUCCUAAAAUACAAUCGGAUAACUCGACCGACACUCCGGCUCAGAUCAUCCCGGAUAACUGCCAUAAAGUUUGCAACCAUGCCGCGGUCGAAGCCACUCCCAACCCCAGAGACUGGACGAUUUGCGUCAUUGAUUCCCACCUACAAGUCAACGCUGCCAACUGUCUAAAUUGCAUCGUCUCCACCAUCUCAUCUGACGAACCACUCACCUACACGCAAUCCGACGCUGAUAUCCUAUCUACCCUGCGAGCCUGGCGCGACUUCUGCCAUGACAGGGACGACGGCUACUUAACAAAAGCGGUCGAUGACAUGAGUCUCAUCAUCGGCGAUUCGGACUCGAUCGUUGCUCUUCCGUCGUGUCCGGCCGUACCGCAGGCCACGCAGACUCGGAAGCUGCCGUUCUCGACAUCGUGUAUGGGCACUUAUUCGUCCUCGCUUUUUGUGUGGCCGUCGUCGACCAGUUCGCAGGUCGUAGUUGGAGCGACCGCCGAGUCCACGGCGACGGCAACGACUACGCCUGUCCCAACUUCUUCAGAUGUCGGGGCUGUUCAUGAGACUGUGUCGGAGACGGCGUCAGGGGCGGCGAGUGUGAGUGCUGUUAGUUUCGCACCGGCGCAGCUGUUGCUGCUGGUGUGGGUGUUAUUGUCGGGUUGGUGA